AUAGAAUGGAAAAUACGAUGUGGCAAAAGUAACAAAAUCAUAUUUUGAUCGUUGCCAUGAAACAAACACACGGGUGUUUACAAAUAUUUGUUUUUUUUUUGGUAAAUUGUUGAGAGAUUUUUAUGCCUUUUAGAGAUUUUUUUUAUAAAUAGUUUGGUGAGAGAUAUCAGAUAUGUAUCUAAAUAUUUAAAAAAAAAAAAAAAAAACCCUUUUGGAAAACAAAUCCAAUUUUUUGUGUCAAAAAAAACAAAAUCCAAUUCCCAUAUUUCUCCUUUUAUCGAACAAAAUAAGCAAAGGUUUUUUCGUUAUAAAAAUCAGGGGUUUUAGAAAGCUGUGUUUGUUCCCUUCAUUCACCUCCAUUGAAUCGCUUCUCUCUUUGAUCCUCGCCACCACCCUGAGAUUGUUUCUCUUCAGUAAUAAGAUAAGAGCUUCUAUGGAGAAUGGAGAUAUACCUGAGGAUGCCAAUGACCAUUGCCCAGGUCCUCAGUCUGAAUCAGCUGGAAAAUCUGAUUCAUGUCAAGGAUGCCCAAAACAACAAUCUUGUGCUACUGGCCCUAAAGGACCUGAUCCUGAUAUGGUUGCAAUCGCAGAAAGAAUGGCCACUGUGAAACAUAAGAUAUUGGUCAUGUCCGGAAAGGGAGGUGUUGGCAAGAGCACAUUUUCUGCCCAGUUGGCAUUUGCUUUAGCUGCAAGGGAUUUUCAAGUUGGUCUUCUUGACAUAGACAUUUGUGGUCCAAGCAUCCCAAAGAUGCUUGGUCUAGAAGGUAAAGGGCUAUCCGAGAGCAACUUUGGGUUAUCUCCUAUCUAUGUGGAGUAUAAUCUUGCAGUCAUGUCAUUUGGGUUCAUGCUUCGUGAUCCUGAUACACCUGUUACAUAUAGAGGUUCUCACAAAACUAAGAGAAUCAAGCAGUUUUUAAAAGACGUUUAUUGGGAUGAACUUGAUUUUCUAAUUGUUGAUACUCCACCUGGAACAUCAGAUGAACAAAUUACAGUUGUUCAAUCCCUAGGUGCUGCUAAUGUAGAUGGUGCAAUCAUAGUUACCACUCCUCAACAAGUCUCUCUUACUGAUGUGAGUAAAGGAGUGAAUUUUUGCAAGAGAGUUGGAGUGAAAGUUCUUGGGGUUGUAGAGAAUAUGAGUGGUCUAUCCCAGCCCAUCUCAAAUUUAAAGUUUACGAAGAUUACCGAUAAUGGUGAGAUGGAAGAUGUUACAGAAUGGACAUUGGAAUACAUGAGAAAAAAGGCGCCUGAAAUGCUAAAUUUCAUUGCCUGCAGUGAAGUAUUUGAUAGUAGUGGUGGUGGAGCGAUAACGAUGUGCAAUGAAAUGGAGGUGCCCUUUCUUGGUAAGGUUCCUUUAGAUCCACAACUUUGCAAGGCAGCUGAAGAAGGUAGAUCAUGUUUUACGGAUAAAAACUGUGUAUCGAGCGCCCCAGCAUUACAAAAUAUAAUAGACAAGAUGAUGGAAACUAGCGGGUUGUCAAUGACGGUAAGUAAUGAAGUGUAGGAGUUUUUGUCUUAAGCCAUGUAAGUCGAGGCAAUUUUGCUGCACAAUUGUUUUCUUGACAGCUAAUAUUAGACCUUAGAUUGAUCUAUCGACACAAAAAUAUGAUACACCCGCUACACACAAUUGUUUUAUGACACAUUAUUUUGUAUUUUCUUACGGCACUUGUAUUAUAUUUGAUUGCUGUCACUAUUAAGAGCAUAUGUGUUAUAUUUGAUUGCUGUCAAAGCAUAUUUGACUAUGUUACGUACAUAAUUUAAAGGGUUAAUCCUUAUUUUGCUCCUUGUAA